AUGGCGUCUACAAUCUACCAAUCCAAGGAUACCAACUCUCAUCGUUCUCAUAUUCCACGUCUUAACAUCGACGCGGCAAUGGCCUCUCAGCCUUCAUCAGCACCACCUUCUCCUAAACCAAACAAUAGCAACGGUAGUACUCCUCCAAAACCUAAGGACCAUGGAAAAGAUACUUACCGUCUCCUCUCGCACGACGAAUGGGUUCAGUUCUGUAGAGGCGUUGGUGUGUUCAAGGAUGACGAGAGCGAAGAGGUCAUCCGUCCAACCAGUACGCUGUGGCCGCCGAAGGGGUUCAGAGAUGGUUUGUACCAAGACGUUCUCACUGAAAAGACCCUGUUCACGUACAAGUUUCAUUCCGUGGAUAUCAUCAGUUGGCUCUUGAUGCUUCUCCAGAUUGCAAUGGGUGCCGUUUUGACUGCUCUUGGGUCAGUAUCCUCGUCGAAGAAUGGGACAGCAAUCACUUCUAUCGCCGCGGUCAACACCUGUGUCGGCGGAAUCCUCGCCUUGCUACACAAUAGUGGCCUGCCAGCCCGGUAUCGCUCAGACAGGAAUGAGUUCUAUAAGCUCGAGGAACACAUAAAGUCUAUUGUCGACACAGCCCUUGUGCCUGUCGAUCAGGACAUCAACGCGGUCCUCGCUAACUGCUACGAGAUAUUCCGCGAUGCUAGACAGACUGUUCAAAACAAUAUUCCGGCUUCUUAUACUACUUCCCCAACUAGUGGCAAGGCGCCUGGCGCUAGUGUAUCGAAAGCAAUUGAGCCUAAGAAGUGA